CAAGACCUCAACUCUCCAGCCCGACUCUCUCAUCUCGGUGCGGCAGUGUGACGGUGGAAGUGACGUAAGGAGGGUGUGCGCUCCGCCUUCCCGGACUGCUGACUAGUGACAGUGGUGCCCGACCUCUGAGUUGAUUCUUCCUGCCGCCUGGAGUGUAGGAAGGGAUUAUACCAAACACAGUCAGUGACUCUUAGUAAUCCUUGAGUCUCAGUGAAAGAACUACAAAAUCCAGCGAAAAAACAGUUGUUCAAAGUGAAGGAAUACUCUGUGCUUUUUGCUGAUGUCAAGUGGAAGGCGACCUACUCACCCGCUGGCCUGAACACUCUCCAGUCACAGGGCCGCGCGUGUGAUGUACAGGCGUGAGGACACAUUACUAAAGAUCGAAAGGAGCUAAGGGUUGGUGCUGCCGAAGAUCCGCCCACCCCCAUCAGUCCUGCUCUGCGCGCCACGUCUUGUAUACGAGUGAGAACAAACGUCGGCUGACCAGGCCGAGAGUUGAGGAUACCAUGUGACUGCCAGCCAUGAAUGCUGUCCACCUCUUCCUUCCUUCUUCCACAAGACGCCUGAGAAGAAAAGUGAGAAGAGGAUGUAAUUUCUGCAACAUUUGAAGAGUUUUCAAGUAAUCUCCGCCAGAUCACUAGGCCAGUGUGGUCAUUUCUGAUCCUUGAGGUCAUUUCUUCUCUCUUCCUUGGGUGAGAUCACUUGACAACCUUCCCUCCUUCUAGCUGAGUACCAGGGACUCUAGCCACCACCACAAUGGGUAACCAGAACAGCAGCAAGGGCCAUCUUGUCCACCCACCUGUCAACUGGACUCAGAGCUUCCCAAGAGAACAUAAGAGACUCAAGAAAUAUGGAGCCACAGCAGAAAACAAGGUUCUACCACAGAGGAUUCCUGGCCAGCGCCUCCGUCCCACAGAAAAUGGCCACAUCCUGCAAACGAAAGGCACCAUAUCAGGACGGAGGAUUAAUGAAUUCCAUGCCCCUCACCACCCUGCCUUCCCUCCACCCAUGCCCCUGCACCAUCAGCCUCCCGGCAUGCCACACCCCCACUCAGCCUCCAUGACAGCACUGCACUACCCAUGCCACCAGGAUGAGCGAGCAGCCUCCAUCCACGACCUGAGGUUUGGCCGCCCACCAUCAAAGAAUUAUGCCAGUGAGCCAGAUCUGAGGGGCUCGGCUUCCCCCUCCGUGGCCCCCAUGUCCAUGCCUCACACAAUAAUCAGCCAGUCACCAACAAAGGGAAGGAUAAAGUCCAAGAAAAAAUACAAGGCCCCACCAGUCCCUCAGGGUGAGAUGAGCACCCACUCCCUGCCUCGUGGCGCCAUGAGGUCCCACUCAGUAAGUGACAUGGCAGGACUGCCUCACCCAUCACACAGCCAGAAUCACUGUGCUGUACAUUUUGCUGACAGCAUAGACAAGGAAAUCACCAGCAGCCCAGAAGGCCAGAAGCGUAAGACACGUAAGAUUGGACUCUUCCGGAAAAAUAAUGAAUCUCGCAGACUAAGCUCAGGCGAUGAUCAGAGAAGCUCAGGAGAGGAGCAAGAAAGAGGCCGAGCAUCCAGCGAAGCCAGGCGAGGGGGAGCCAUUUCUCCAGUGCGUUACUCACCCCGUGAAGAACUUCGGGAGAGGGCAAGGAGCCUCGACUGCCUGCAACAUGAACUCCGCCAAUCUCCCGUGGUAUCUCCUGUGCCCACUGCAGCCGCCAGCAUGACUCAUCUUCACCACCCUCAGGAGUCACGCAUGUGGUCCACCCUUGAGAGAGACUCCAGGCGGUCAGCUCGCCAUGAGGUGGAGUCCAGACGAAGCAGCACUCUGGAGCGAGAGUCCCGAAAGUCAGCCAAUGAUUCCAAGAGGAUCACCACCUUGGAGAGGGAAGUACAGAAGAGUCACAGGAGGAUGAGCACGCUGGAAAGGAAAGUUGAGGAAAGAAAGCACUGGACAUCUGACAGCCAUGACAAUGCCACACCAAGCUCCAGCAGUCGUGUGUCCCGCCUAGACUCUUACCGGGACAGUUCCUCUCACCGCCGCUCGUCAUCCAGUGGCUCUCACCCCGAGCUGAUCCAGGAAGAGAUUGAAAUGAAGAAGAAAGAGGAAGAUAGACUCAGAUCAGAAAAAGAGAAAAUGAAGGUUAACAAGAAGAAUUCAUCAAAAGCCAUUAAUGAUGAAUGGGAGAAGGAGGCUGAAAUGAAGAAGAAUAAUAACCGAAAACUGUCACCAAGCUUGCAGGCUGAGCUCAUUCACACAGUCAACAACUUGAGGAAGACCUCAGUGGAACAAGAGCACAAGACAUCAACACUCACACGAAAGGGCAAAGAAAAUGACAGAUGGCCAGCUAAUCCCACCUCCAACCACAGUGAAGAUGUUGGUCCCAUUGAGGCUCAGCCAAAAACAUUCUUCUUUGGAAUGGAGCCAGAAGUGUCCAAGGAUCUGCGCAGUGAAACCAACACUGGCCUCCACAAGAUUAAAAACCAGGAGGAAGUUUCAAAGGCCAGAAACCAAGAAGAAGUUCACAUUAAUGGCCAGACGGUGGAAUUUUCCCGUCGUACUCUUGAGCGGGCAGAGAGAAGCCAGAGUCGAAACCGCAGCACUCGCAAAGAGAAGACAAGCGAGAUUACUUCCACUGCAGUAACACAUGAGUCUUCAAAGCUUGCAAAUCAUAGAAAGCUUUCCAAAGAUGUAGAAGAUUUUGCAGUUGCCAUCGAGCGAUACAAAAUGAGUCGUCUUGAUGGGGAGAGUGGUGCCAGUGGGUCAUCGAGACGUGAGGACGGAGGCUACCACUCAAGGCAGAACUCGGGAAGCCUUUACUUGGAUAAUGAAAGUGAUGGUAGAGAAGAGGGAGGAUUGUGCAUGAACUUGAGACCAACACUACCACGCAGGCAGCUCGAGAUUCCAAGGUUUAGUCCAAAUGCUGCCUGGCGUUCACUGAGUCUGGAGCGCUCCGGGAGACAUGCAGACAUUCAUGAGGAGACCCAGAGUAGUGAGGGACCAGAUUCUGUUUUUGAAUCUAAGAUACAGAGAUUCACACGCCCAACAGCUCCCCCAAGAGGCUCUGGAGAAAAAUCUGCUGACUCUGGGAUUUCAGGCGAUGCUGGCAGUCCAGGACCCACACACGAGUUUGAGCACCUGAUGCCAACUGAGAAGACCAAAAGCUCUUCAGGACCACUAGCUGUGUCCUCACCUGUGGUGUCUGGGAGAGCUGAAGGGCGGCGUGCUUGGACACCUGCACAGGAUCUUGAUGACAACAGCCUGGACAGCAAUGGAGAGCCAGCUGACAUCCCCACAGGACUCUCAACACCACCAAAGCUCACUUCACGGUCUAACAUGUUCCCAAAGACUAAAGAGCUUUCACCUGAUGCAGAAAUGGAGCUGGAGUCACCUGGAGAAAUAGAAACCAUCUCUGAACUAAUAUCUCCAGAUGACAAAGAUCACUGGUCAAAACCCAAGAAGCUGAAUGCCCCUGUCGUUCACCCUCAGAAAUUCAACAGUCUCCGUAAACUGAAGCGAUCAGUAUCUGGUGCUGUCACAGGAGGCGGCCACAAGAACUAUGGUCCAGACGACUACCACCGCAGCAAGACUCCAGACCAGCCACGGGGCCUUCAGCACGGGGAUGACUCUCACUGGCGGGACAACUGGUCCAUGUCACGCUCCAUCCCCAACUCCCUCAACACGUGUGAGGAGCAGGACACCAUCAGCAAUCUGUCCAGCACACGCAACAUGAAGAGCAGGUCUGAGUCUCGCAUCGGCCUGAGUGGCGACACAAACCCUGAUGAGUCGCGCUCACGAACACCUUCGUACUUGAUGUAUGGUAAUGGUGGGCACAUCAUGUACCUUCCACAGUACGACUCCCGCAGGAUGAGCCACGGCACUGCAGGGAGUGAGGAUGAGGUGGACCACUACAGGUCUCCUCACCACAAGGACAGUAGAUAUGUGGCACAAUACUCAGGUCUUCCUUCCUCACCUGAAAAUGAGCGCAAGCCUCCGUCAGGUGAUGAAGACCCAGCACUCCCUGAAGCCUACUGUGGGUCGGCCUCCAUUCCAACCACAGCAGUUGCUCCUCCUCCCAGGAAGCUUAAGGGGAAGAAGUUCUCCUACCAGAGCACAGUGAGGAUACUGGAAAUGAGGAAACUGGAAGAAAAACUUACAAGAGAAGUGGCUGAAAAGGAAAAGCAGAGGAUAAAGGAAAUGGAUGCCAUGAAAAAGGUGGAAGAAGAAUUCCAGAGGAAGAGAGAAAGAGAGAAGAAGAAAGUCAAGCAACAACUGAAACUUUUCCACAUGCAGCAACAGCAACAGCAGAAGCUGCAGCAGUCACCACAGCACAUGCCAAGAGAGACUCACAAUAACUCUUACUCUAGUGACGAUCAUCCUCCCUCGUCCUACUCCUCCGAGCAGCAUGAGGUGUCCAGCCAGGCCUCCUCCCAGCCCCCACCUCUGCCCCGCUCCCCUCCCCCACAGAUGUGUUCCUCCUUCACCUCCCUUCCUCCUGAACUGCCCACUGAGGCUUGCUCUGGCCUCAUCUCUGGCAUCAAGAGCUGGGUCAAGAGUAGAAAGGAAAUUCGUUCCUCCACCUCCUCCACCACCCUUACCUCUGGCUCAAGGCAGGAGCCUGAUGGGGCACCAGCUUCCUCCCCAAGAAAAACAAGUGAUGACUACCACACCUCUGGGGCAUCCUCACCAAAAGACAGCGUCUCGCCAGGUGAUCCCGCAAAGCAGGACAUGAGAGCAGAAAUAAUUGCUGCCUCAAAGAAGCGAAAUGCUGAUAAUCUUGGCAGGCUUGAAAAGCAGCAAAGUGGCAAAAGCAGCCCUCAGCAAAAGUCAGUCAGCAUUCUCAGCAAUGUGGGUGCAAAGCAGGAGGGUCACCACUCACAGACCAGCCCUCCUGAUGCCAGCCUGCACCACCACCACAACCACCACCAGAAGCACAGCAAGCACCACUCCAAGGAAGAUGCACGGCACAGCCAGCCUGGCGACAAGCGGCGCUUCGGCACAGGCCUCAUGCAGGAGUUGUCUGAGCUGCACCAGGAGCGCCGAGAGUACCGGGAGUACCGCACUCCCUCAAGACACUCCAGACACUCCCAGUCUCCACCAGUUGGCACACCAGGAAGUCCUCUUGUUCCAGUGGGUGCCAUGAAGAGCUCCAGCACAACCUCCAGUAACUAUCGGCGGGAUUUUUGCCGCGGCAACGCCCAAGUGAUUGGGCUGAAUGUUGUGGCCAUGAAGGGGCGGCGCAGCGAUGAGAGUGACAGAUAUUCCAAACACUCAAGUGAGGAUCGACGGUCAGUGAGUAGCAGCGGCAUCCAGCGCAGUGCCUCAGUGGAUUUCCUGGAGACUGGCUCCUGCUCAUCCAGCACCAGCAGCCCCUCUCAUCCGUCAGGCAGCCACCCUGCUGACCCCUCCCUCAGCCACAACUAUGGAAGGGGUGGUGGCAGCAGUGGUAGUGGUGGUGGCAGCGGUGGUGGCAGCAAUGGUGGUGGUGGUGGCAGUGGGUAUCCUCCUGUGGACAGUAGCCCAGCUCGGUUUGCCCACAGCAUCCUGACUCCCUACAACCCUGUCAAGGGAUACCGCCCCGUGUCCUUCUCCCCACCUCCCCCCACCAAGAUCCUUCCAGUCAGUUAGUGCAAGCAAUGCCACGUUACAGUCACAGUGUAACGCGCUGUACUUUUGUCUCUCUGUCAAAGAGAAAACCAAAGUACUGAUUGUUCUAUGAGAGACUGGGGAAGCUAGGCCAUCUUACUGUUUAAGGUUGUUUACAAAAGUGUUCAAAUUAGCAUACUCUGUGCCAAAAGUGAAUAGAGGAUUUGCAAUAUAAGAAGUGUAUGUAUGUAUGUGUGUGUGUCACUAACACUGAUUAACUAUGGUACAUUUAAGUGCAGAUUGCCUUCCUCAGUACAGUAUUAGGUGUUGCAAGGCAUUCCCUGCGUUCAUCACAUGUAAAGAUAUUUUAUAUCUUAUAUUUUAUUGAAGGUCUCCAGCUUUAAUGCUUCCAUCCUGCAAGGGAUAAGGAGUUUAGGAGUAAGGUCACUUUAAAUGUAUAGGCUACAUUGUACAGACAUUUGUAACUAAAAACAUGUUUGUAUUCAUCCAGGGAUUCUCUUUAGGCAACACUAUUUUUCAGAUUGUAUAUACAGUAUACAUAAAUAGAAAAGAUUUACUUUGAAAUUAAUUUUAUAUGCUAAAUAUCUAUUUAUCUAUAUACCAGGCAGGUGUCCUCACCAAGCACUGAACAGGCAGGACAUCAUGUGUGGUGUCAUGCCAGGAAUGAAAUGGUAGGAGUGGACACCCAGUCCCUGUGUUCCAUCCUUUAUAGUCGCCUUUUACAUUGUGCAGGGAAUGCAUGUCUCUCAGACGCAGGGAUGGCAGGAGAACAAGGAGGGGAGAUGUGCAUGUCCCAGUUAGCAACACCAUAUGAGUGUGGGGAAAACAACCAUCAGAAAUAGUGUACAUUAUAUGAGAAAUACCUUAGAUAUAAGCAUAAUUGUUAAAUUUGUAUUAUCAUAAGUGCUGAAACAGAGCAAGAUCUUAAAGGUACAGUUGUCAAGAAGACUAGUGCUAAGAACACUUAACAUGAUAAGAGAAAGACUGAUCAAUGAUUAUUUGUACUGUACAUGUAAGGCUUCCAGUAGUGUAGCUAUUGUGUACAAAGGGAAUCCUGCUUUCUGUGUUGCAUAUGUCAAGAAGUACUCUGUGACACCACCACAGCAACACACAGGCAGGUGAAAGAUGGGGAGCAGAACAUCCACACUUUUUACUCACCAGGUUUUGUUAUAGCAUAACUUUAGAAGAUGAAUCUUGUCCCACCAAAAUAUCCAGAGGCUUGUUUGCAUAGUGAGAACUUAUAAUGUUCAUAUUGAAAUAGACAAUGUCAGCACAUAAUACAGAGGAGUGUUGAUGCAUCAUUAGACUGGUGCCCUUCUCAGCUGCUUCACAUCAAUGUUGCCUCCUCUGGUGAAGAGUUCAGAAACCAUUUAUAUUUGUUUCUCUUCUGUGGUGAGACAAUUUUCUCCCUGGUGGAGAUGGAACAGCCCUGUCCUCUAUCAUAUCUGUAUCAGUGUGUAAUGAACUUUGAUAAGGUCAAGACUCAUACAAUGUUCUUACACAAACUCAACCUUAGACGUCUUCACUAACCAAUAAGCAAGUACUCAUGAUGUUUGCUGCUUUCUGUACCAAGUGCUGUCAUGUGUGUGAAGGUUUGGAAGCAUUGCUACUCAACAUUCAGAACCAUAACAACAAUUAUCCUUUAUUCAUGAAAAUGGAUACCGAGUUUGCUAGACAAGAGAAAGAAUAAGUAUAUAUAUAUAUAUAUAUAUAUAUAUAUAUAUAUAUAUAUAUAUAUAUAUAUAUAUAUAUAUAUAUAAAGCCAGAAGUGGCAUGUCGUAAAUCAAUGUUUAUAUCACUGUUGUACAAUGCAGUGAAGGAAACAUUCUUAAAUCCUCUACUUUACAUAUUUUUAUAACUGUUUUGAGGAGAGGUUUAGGUUACAUAGUCUAAGAAUUCAAAGCAAAGUCUGUAUCCUGUUUGCUGCUCAAAGAAAACUGUUGGAGUGUUGGAAGGCAACCAGUGUCUGACCUCGAGGCACUCCCAUCUGGACUGCAACACGCUCUUGAUGUCUUGCCCAUUGCAGAUCUGCCACAGUCUCUCUCUCUCUCUCUCUCUCUCUCUCUCUCUCUCUCUCUCUCUCUCUCUCUCUCAGGCGACAGUCAUGGAACAAAGUCACUUAACGUUCUACUGAUCAACACAGAUUCAGGAGCAUCAGUCAGGCUGGAUCUGCAGGAGUGAGUGGCGCACCUGCGAGCGUUUCCGUCUAUGUUGAACCUAGUUACGUAGCAAAGUUUGCACGAAAUACGAAAUUGUACAUUACUGUAAAUAAUAUUUUAUACACUCAAUACUUUGUAUCUUAACAAAAUAAAAAUAAUUAUAAUUUA